AGUAGAGUUUUUUUUUGACAUUGCAAUGGACGUCGAGGAAAAUAAACUACCUCCUGGUUGGGAUGAGAAAUAUGACCCAAACACGGGGCUAUAUUUCUACAUCAACUACAUCACAAAAACCACCACUUUCGACGAUCCCCGGAUUAAGCACCGGCAAUCUGUGUCCACUGGCACCGGCGGCACCAAUUACGGAAAUUCCACCGAAUCAAUACCAAUGCAGCCAUUGCAUGGAUCUCCCUACCAUGUAUACCCUGCAAACAAUUAUCCCGCAGUGCAGCCUGCUUUCCAGGGGCCCAUGUCCGGGGUGAUAAGUCACUCCGCUAGCCCCCUUCUAGCUGCUAAACUCCAGCAAAUGGAGAUGUCUCCAGUAACACGUCCACCUACCCCCCGUACCAAUGCCCACUUCAGUCGCAAUAACAUCCAAGAGACAUCCUUUACCAACACUGCAGCAGAAACGGAGGCAUCUGUGGCGAAAAUUAAUACAAUGUUCCCAACCGUCAGUGACACCCACAUCCGGCUUCUUUUGAAAAAGUAUUACAACCGAGAGGCAGUUGUAAUAAGCGCACUGCAGGUGGAGAAGCAUCCAAUAACAACUCCUGGUCCAUACUCAACGCCACCACCGACAAAUCGCCACUUCCACAAUACAGCUCUGGGAUGUACGGCAAUUUUUCAGAUGACACCACCGCUAAACAGGGAUUUUUCGAGGACUGGCAGUCCAAUUUGGAGACCCGGAAGCUGCGCCAGUGGCAGCUAUGGAUCUCCACGCUUUGGAGAGAAUUUCCGCAGCUCCCCAAAGCCACAUUCUUCGCCAAAAAUGAAGCUUAGAUACCUGAAAAGUAUUUUCCCGAAAGCCGAGGAGACACUGUUGCUGGAUGUACUGGCAAAUGCAGACAAUCACGUGCAGAAAGCAUCGGAAGAAUUGACCGCAAUGGGGUAUGAGAAGAAAGACACCACAAUACCCAAAGUGUCGAUGCGCAAGAAGGAUGAGGCGAAGAAUGAGAUCAAGAACAGAAUCGAUCGGGCGACGCCCCCGCAGCCACCGCCGAAGGUCAAGACGACGGAUGAAAAGAAUAAAUUAAAAUUGCGCCUGCAGUCGCAGUACAAAGACAUUCCGGAGAAGAUAAUCUCCAUGGCAUUGGAGAGUGUUGAUUAUUCGGAAGACAAGGCACUUGCAAUACUUAACAUUGUCACUCAGGAGGAUGACAAGGCAGCAUUAGUGGUUGAAAGUGCUCCAAAGAAAGUCGAAAAGAAUGCCAAUGAAACACCUGCUGCUGGACAUUCAGCACCGAGCCGAAGCAGCAGCACAUCGUCGGCCAAGAGACAGGGCGAGAUAAGCAAUAAAAUAAGUGUUGCACAAGAGCAAGAGUGUGAGAGUGUUGUUGAUGCACCAACGGCACCAUCAUCCUCAUCGACUGCCUCACCGUCCACCAAGGAGGUGUCCAGCGACGAUGUCCUGACCGCUGAGGACACCGGCAUCGCCCUGGAUGGCGUGAGGAAGCGCCAGGCGAGGGCGAAGGCCAAGAAUGACCAUACAAAAGCUGCAGACACGCAUGAGGAUCCCGAGGCUGUAGCAAAGAAAUCCGAUUUUAAAUCCGUUACACCACGCACGUCUACUGCAGGACCCAAUUCGGCAUUGUCAAAAGGUCCCAAUGAUGAACUUCUUCUGGUGGAUUAUGUGACAUGGAAUGGCGCCAAUCCUGACUUGGCAGUUGGUAGGAAGCAGUUAGCUAAAGGGAGUGAUCCGAAAAAUCGUUCAGAACGAUCGUAUGUGCCAAAGGGAGCGAACUCUGAGCUAUGCAAGGGUCCGCGGCAGAGUUUAGCCAAAGGUAGCAUCUACAAUCAGUUAACUAAGGGCAUCCCCGCUGGUGCCUCCGUGAUCUGCAACUGAAACUCAUCCCCAUCGCAUGGGGAUAAAGCACUUUUCUAGUCCCUCACAGCACAUGGUGCAAGCAACACUCUAAUCCUCCGGAAUCCUUUUAAAGAUUUAAAAAAGAAAGAAAAAGAGCGAGAGAGUGCAAAUCCCGAGCCAUUUCAGUGGACCGUCCGCAAAAAUGUUUGUUGGAGGGGUUGAUGUGUGUGGUGUAUGUCCAUUUUUGGGAGGUUGAAGGUGGUAAAUUUGGAUGUCUGUUUGUUUAAGCGUCUCGAUGUGUCUACAAUUUUAGAUUCUUGAUCUAAAAGAAAAAACUUUUUGUCCAUUAGACUAGUUUGGGUUUCUUAGCGCAUUUUAUCGAUGGUUUUUCCGCGUAGAGAAAAUUUCUGUAUUUCCCAUUGCAUGCCGAUUAAAUGAAUCUUGAGAGGGCAAUUCCUGCCCUCAUCCAGUGAGUGUUGGAGUACCUUUAACACAUUUUAACAAAAAUAAAAUGUCUCUGUGUAAAUGAUGUUAAUAAAAAUUCGUAGAUGAGUCUCAAAAA